GCCGCCUCCCUUACAAGGUUUUGUGUAUAAUCAUAUCAUGAUUUCAUUAGAUAGCGACGGCGACGGAGACAAAACAGAUGACGACGAGAUCAAAGACAUAGACCAUUCUAUUCUCGAUCAGUGUUUCGGUGAUUUACCAAAUUAAGGAGCAUCUAUGAAAAACGCCAGCCAAACAUCCAUCCAAUUUCACUCUUCUUUCAGUGGUCCCUCUGACUGUAUAUAUACUCAACCUUCUAUAGCAAGCCAGAAGUCCGAAGACUCCCAACUUGAAGCUCAGUAAUUCAUACUCUCUCACUCUCUCUCUCUCCACCAAUGGAACAACAACCAGAGGGCAGAAUCUUGGAAGAGAGAGAAGAGCUCAUGGUUUCCCCAACAGGGGAUGGAAAACCAAUCCUUAGAAUGGCCCAUUUCUUGAACCCUUCCCUCACCUCCAAUGACAACCCACUCCACACUCUCUCUCCACUUUCUCUCUCUUCUAAAACUUCCAAAACCCAAACCCAGAAAAACCCACUAAAUGCAUCUUUCAAAGGCUGGCGAAACCCCCAAAAGAAAUGGGAAAUUUGGGUCGAUCACAUGUGUUCCCUGCACAAACCCCUGUGGGAAAAGGCUGGUAUCUACGAAUCUAUAAUGGGUUCGGUUUACUCGAUUAGGAAAGAUUGUGAAUUGGUGAUUAAAGUUGCGGAGAAAUGGUGCCCAGAGACCAAUUCAUUCGUGUUUCCUUUCGGUGAAGCGACUGUCACUCUCCAAGAUAUGAUGACAUUGGGGGGUUACUCUGUUCUCGGUGACUCUGUUUUGACUCCUCUUCCAAUUGACAGAGCAUCGGAAGAAACCAGAGAAGAAUUGCUUCAAUCACGAUUAGAACUUGUGAGGACAAGUGCUAAAAGGGCCAAUCAAGGUGCAUGGAUGAAGAAAUUCAUGAAAAGUGGCAGUAGAAUCGAGCACGAGGCAUUUCUCUCUCUCUGGUUGUCGAAAUUCGUCUUCCCUUCAGCUGCGGGAAAUAAUAGCGUUGGAAAUAAGGUACUUCCCAUCGCUAUACUUCUAGCCCAAGGUACAAAAAUCGCGCUUGCACCGGCUGUGCUCGCUAGCAUUUAUAGAGACUUGAGCUUGUUAAGGAAGAGAAGCGAAAACGAUGUUUCUGCAUUGACUGUUUGGGCACCUUUCCAAUUAAUUCAGGUUUGGAUUUGGGAGAGAUUCCCAGCAUUGGGACCGAAUCCAAAUCCCCUGGAAAACGGUGAGCCGAGGUUGGCUCGUUGGCACAUGGUGAAGAAACCAAACACUGAAAAUGUAAACUUUGCUGUGGCAACGAGUGGAAAAUGUUUUCUGUGGCGCCCUUAUGUCAUGGCGGGGACUAAUCAGUUGAUUCAUAAUCUGUAUGGUGAAACAGGAAAAUGGUUAUCGGUUAGUCCCCGUUUGGAUGAAGUAUUGGAAUCCUUUGGCCGGUGCGUGAGGGUUUCUGAGCUGGUUGGAUUGGAUUGUAUAGAGGAGUACUUCCCACAUCGCGUGGCGAUGCAAUUUGGAAUGGACCAAGACAUUCCCAGGAAGGUUGCUUUUUGUCCCAAGGGAAAUCCUGAAAUUGCAUGGCAACAUUACUCUAGGCCGAUUUCAGAUGCCAAAUUGUAUAUUCCAUCGCGAUGCUUCAAGUCACAUGUUACUACUCGAUACUUCAAGUGGUGGAAAAAAUCAGAUGGAACAAAGGGUGUUGUAAAAGUGGAAAAUGAAUAUGAUUCCAAUUUUCCUCCCGGAUUUCCUCCCAAAUGCGUCGGGAAGAUGGCAAAUAUUGUUCCAUCCGUUCCUCCCGGCUUUCCUCCUAAAUGGAAUAUCAAAGCAGAAGAAGAGGUUCCUGCUGACUUUACGAAGGGUGUUGUAAAAGUAGAAAAUGAUUAUGAUUCCAAUUUUCCUCCCGGAUUUCCUUCCAAAUGCGUCAGGAAGAUGGCAAAUAUUUUUCCAUCUGUUCCUCCCGGCUUUCCCUCCGAACGGAAUAUCACAACAGAAGAAGAGGUUCGUUUUGAAUUUCCAUCCAUCCCUCCCGGCUUUCCAAAAAGAAACGUUUCUGCUCCGGGAAACAACGAGUCCCCUGUUACUCCUCCCAACUUCAUUGCGGUGGAAAAAUGGAAUUAUGUCACAAGCACUGAUACACUACCACCAACUGAAUUUUUCAAGAAACUGAAGGGUAAGCAAAUGAUAGAUCCUUCUUCUUCAACUUCUGAUAACGGAGUACUCCAAUCGAUAGAUUUGACGAUCAUCCCCGAGAAAAAGAUUGCGGUAGAAGGAUUAGAAAGAGUUGUGGAAGAUGAAAGUGGAAGUAGCGGAGGAAACACAAGCAAUCAAGGUGAAGGAACUACCUGUUCCAGAGGGGACAUACCAGGACCGCAACUUGAAGCUAGGAUUAUGAGGCUUGAGAAACUGAUGGCUCAGCUGAAGGCAAAAAGACUUCGGGGUUGGUCUUGAGCAAGAAGUUUUGUGUUGUUGUACACUUGACGACAAGAUUGGUCUCUCAGCCAUGGUGCAUUUAAGCUGGCCCCGACACCUGAUUAUUAAAAAAAAAAAGUUGUUGUACAUGCGUUAAAUUUCUUUAGCAAAUAGAUGUUGCUGCAAAGUACUCAUGCUUCUGUUUUCAAGGCUUAGUCAAAUCAUAUGAAAAUCUUACACAGUCA